CGCCCCGCCCCGUGUUCCUGCGUCGCCUCUCCUCUUCCCCCGCCCCCCCCCCCCGCGUAGCGGAAGUGACGCAAGACAUAGCGGAAGUCCCUGCAGACGCGGUGUUGUGCUGUGGGGAAGGGAGACGGAUUUGUAAACCCCGGAGCGAGGUUCUACCUACCCGAGGCCGCUGCUGUGCGGAGACCCGGGGUGAAGCCACCAUCACCAUGUCUGACCAGGAGGCAAAACCUUCAACUGAGGACUUGGGCGAUAAGAAGGAAGGAGAAUACAUUAAACUCAAAGUUAUUGGACAGGAUAGCAGUGAGAUUCACUUCAAAGUGAAAAUGACAACACAUCUCAAGAAACUCAAAGAAUCAUACUGUCAAAGACAGGGAGUUCCAAUGAAUUCACUCAGGUUUCUCUUUGAAGGUCAGAGAAUUGCUGAUAAUCACACUCCAAAAGAACUGGGAAUGGAGGAAGAAGAUGUGAUUGAAGUUUAUCAGGAACAAACAGGGGGUCAUUCAACGGUUUAGAUAUUCUUUUUAUUUUAUUUACUUUUCCCUCAGUCCUUUUUUAUUUUUAAAAUUAGUUCUUUUGUAAUGUGGUGUUCAGAAUUGAAUUGAAAACUGACCCCUACCCCCUGUGUCUUUAAAACAUCUGGUAAUUUGAAUUCUAGUGCCCAUUCAUUAUUGUUUUGUUUUCAUUGUGCUGAUUUUUGGUGAUCAAACCUUAGACCCCUUCAUACUGCCCUCUCCUUUUUAAACAUUACAUGUGUGCACAGAGAGGCCACCUUUUUCAGGACUGUGCAUUUUCAGGCUUGUGAUACAUGAGGUCGACCAAUUCAAGUGUUCGUAAUGACAUUUCUAAUUGGCCCGGAAGUUCUAGCUUGUGAUUGCUUCACUCCUGGACUAUGACUUUCAGUGGGAGAUGGAGGUUUUUCGGAGAACUGAACCGUGGAAAAUGACCUUUCCUUAACUUGAAGCUACUUUUAAAAUCUGAAGGUCUGGACCAAAAGAAGAGAAAUACCAGGUUGGAGUCAAGACGACAGAUAAAGCGAGAGUAAAGACUAACUCCAAAGAUGGCUUCACUGAAGAAAAAGCAUUUUAAGAGUAAAGAAAAAUCUUGUCAGAAGAUCCCAGAAAAGUUCUAAUUUUCAUUAGCAGUUAAUAAAGUUAUUCAUGCAGAAGUGUGUACAACAGAACACUGCUCUUUUUUAUUUUAAUUUGUACUUUUUGGCCUGGGAUAUGGGUUUUAAAUGGACAUUGUCUGUACCAGCUUCAUUAAAAUAAACAAAAUAUUUGUAAAAAUCACACUAAUGUUCCAUUUUAUUUUUAAUUGUACAGAAAGAAAAAAAAGGCUGAAACAAGAUUUUCUUGCAUAAUACUGGAAAUUAUUGUUUGUACGUGGUACAAAUACAUAUUUUUUCAGUACUGUACAGUGAUGGUCAUCAUGGCUUUGAAGCACUGAAAGUUACUGAAGUGCCUUCUGAAUUAAGGAUUUAAUUAAGGCCACAAUACCUUCUUAAAUACUCAGUGUUCUGUUUUUUAAAAAUACUUGAUAUUUCUGUAUGGUGCAUAUAUAUGAUACAGUUACCUAAUCAUGUUGAAUAAAUGGGCACACCAAAAAUUCUUAAUUGGUUUAUAUUGAUAAUUUCAGUUAUUCCUUUAACAAAAUGUUUCUCUGCUUACUUAAGGUUUGAUAUAUUUUGUUUAUAUUUUCCCUUUAUUUCUUUAUAUCUUAUAUACUUAAAUUGUGUAAGAUUAAAGUACCAAAUAAGUUUCUAUUAGAGGUCUUAUCCUUUUAACUUUUUAAUGAAUCACACAAUUUAGUAUAUCUAUGCAUACACAUAAUCCAGUUUGAUGUUAUCCCAAAUAGAAUGUCAUCUGGGCAUUUGAGAAAAGCAGGUAAAACCUGUCUCUAAUGCAUUUUAUAAACUGUUAUAAAUCCAGGUCACCUCCUAAAAAUAAUUGGUUUGCCUUAUAAAUUCUUGUAUCUGACCCUAUCUGAAAAAUUAUUUGUAUUAUAUAUAGUCUAGGUAAAUUACUGCGUUUAGACCAUCACCUGGCAUUUAUUACAUUAUAUUAAACAGUGACUAGAAAUUAGGCCAGUUGUAGGAAAUCCUCAUUGAAUUGUGUAUUUCUAUCAGGCCUGAGUAACAAAGCUGAUAGACUAUUUGAGCAAUCCGGAAUGCGUGAAUAGGUGGUUUGGUGUCUUAUUUUUGUUUGCAUCUCUGAAGGCUCUCAGCAUUUAGGUGAUAGAGCUUAGCUACUGGGGAAAUAAAUUUUAUAUUUUCAAUUAAUUGGGUUCUUCCAAAUGCAUUGAAUUUUGCUGUGGUUAACUUUCAAAUGUGAUUAUCUAUCUGGUGUAGUAAUGCUGGUAAAAUAGGCCUUUCACAGCAACAGUUUAAUAGAUUAUCAGAAUUGGAAGGGACCUUGAAUAACAUUUAGUGUAGCCACUCUAUAUAGUGCUUGACUGCAACAUCCUAAAUUUGUAAAAGAAGGAAGAAAAUAAAGUCAAUAAUGGUAAUUUGCCCCACA